UGAACUACCACCAUUGUUUUCAUGAUAAUAAGCUGAUUUCUUCACCUGAAAACCGAUUUCCUUCUUCUUCUUGUUCCCUUUCUCUCAAACUCUCUAUGGCACGUUUCUGACAGUAACCGAAAGACCUUUACUUUGGUAUACAAAGAUUAUGUCUUUAACUUGACGAGACUGUAAAAAAGAAAGGGGGGUUGGGGGGGAAGAAGCUGUCUUUUUCAUCAUUUUCUUCGUUUCCUCUCUCUUUAUCAGAUCAUGAAUUCAUAAUCAUAGUCGUCGUCUUCAUCCAUAUAUCUUUUCCGAAUACGUUUAGAGAAAGAGGGAAAAAAAGGGUACAUGGCGUUUCACCAUAACGGCCACCUCUCUCAAGACCUUCCUCUUCAUCACUUUUCCGAGCAGCAACAAGCGGAAACAACCGGUCCCAAUUGGUUAAACGCCGCCCUCCUCCGUCCUCAGCAGUCUCAAGCACCGCAACCGAACAGUCACUUCUCCGACCCUAACUUUCUUAACCUUCAUACAACUGCUUCAGACUCUACCGCUGCUACCCAAGCUCCCAACUCUAUGCUCUCCCGUUCUUCCUCUUCGCUUCUUCACCGAAACCAAAGCGACGUAAUUGACGAGGUCGCUGCGGCAGCUGCAGUAGGAGGAGGUGGUGGGGUCUCCAUGAUGACCGUGGAAUCGGGUGAUUUGAAGAACAGCAUCAGCGAGACCAUGAAUAAUGAUAAUAAUAACAACAACAAGAGCGAAGGCGUAGUGGUGGAGAGUGGGGGCGGAGAUGGGGCUGUGAAUUGGCAGAAUGCGAGAUACAAGGCAGAGAUACUCGCUCACCCUUUUUACGAUAAACUAUUGUCUGCACACGUGGCGUGCCUUAGGAUAGCCACGCCAGUGGAUCAACUUCCUAGGAUCGACGCUCAGCUGGCUCAGUCGCAGCAUGUCCUGGCUAAAUACUCAGCUCUCGGCGGCGCGUCUCAGGGCUUGGUUAGCGAUGACAAGGAACUCGAUCAGUUCAUGACACAUUAUGCUCUACUGCUAUGUUCAUUCAAAGAACAAUUGCAGCAACAUGUUCGUGUCCACGCAAUGGAAGCAGUAAUGUCUUGCUGGGAAAUUGAGCAGUCCUUACAAAGCUUAACAGGCGUUUCCCCCAGUGAAGGAACCGGAGCAACGAUGUCGGAUGACGAUGACGAUCAAGUUGAUAGCGAUGCCAACUUGUUCAAUGGAAGUUUGGAGGGUCUAGAUUCAAUGGGGUUUGGACCUUUGGUCCCAACAGAGAGUGAAUGGUCUUUGAUGGAGCGAGUUAGGCAUGAGCUCAAACAUGAACUCAAACAGGAUUACAAGGAGAAAAUCAUUGACAUAAGGGAGGAGAUUUUGCGUAAGAGAAGGGCCGGAAAACUUCCCGGAGAUACGAUGUCAGUGUUGAAAGCUUGGUGGCAGUCACAUUCCAAGUGGCCUUACCCUACUGAGGAAGAUAAGGCAAAGUUGGUUCAGGAAACAGGAUUACAAUUAAAACAGAUAAACAAUUGGUUCAUCAACCAAAGGAAGAGGAACUGGCAGAGCAAUCCAUCAACGUCAACCGUCUUGAAGAGCAAACGUAAAAGGAAAUGCUCAACAACGGAUGAUCGAUUCACGCAAACGGAACAGAGUCCAGAACAAUCAAAGAUCACUUCUCGGUUAUUGUAUCCAACAUAAUGAGACCGGAAAGGAUCAGAUUUUGCUUGAACAUGAGAAAACGACUGACGUAGACGAUUGUUUGACGAUGAUGACUCCGAGUUAAGCCGUUUUGCAGGUAUGCAUCGACUGCGGCAUGCAUGUUUAGUACCACGUGGUGGAUAUGGAAGAAUAUUGCGAGAGAAGUUUAGGAAUUAUUUUUGUUGUAAGUUUAAUUGGAUAAAUUCCAUUUGCUUUGGCAGAUUAUGAUUUUUGUUUUUUGGCCUCUUCAUAUAUUUGUGAACAAGUGUACUGAGGGAUUGCGAGUGUAGAGCGUAAUAUAAGGAUUGUGUUCAUAAAUAAUUUAGGGUCUAGCAGUGUAUACAUGAUAAUUGUGUUCAUAAAUUACUCUAAUUUGAUUA